AUGGAUAAGCUAGACGUAAAUCGGUUUCUUGCUACUUCAAACUCACUCAACAUUGCAGACUUGGGAAAUUCAGUUGGAUUCAUGGUAGUUAAAAACAUUGUGGAGUCAAUGAAAAGAAAAAUACCCCAAAACAAACAAGACAAGGUUCAGUUUCAAGUAUUCUUCAAUGACCACGUACGUAAUUGUUUUGAUACACUCUUCAAGUCACUACCACCAAACCGGGAAUAUUUUGCAGCCGGGGUACCUGGUUCUAUCCACGGCCGGUUGUUUCCAAAGGGCACACUUCAUUUUGUGAACUCGUCUUAUGCUCUUCAUUGGCUAUCAAGCAUUCCUAACGAGUUGAUUGAUAAGAAAUCACCAGCGUUUAAUAAAGGGAAGAUCUUUUACACGGAUUCAUGUAAUGAAGUAGUUCAAGUUUAUGCAAAGCAAUUUGCUAGAGAUAUGGAAGUGUUCUUGAAUGCUAGGGCUGAAGAGCUCGUGCCGGGUGGUCUCAUGACACUUUUACUUCCUUGUUUUGAGGUCAAGAAGUAUCCUCUUGUUCAAGUCGUUGAUCUUUUAGGCGAUUGCCUCAUGGUCAUGGCAGAGAAGGGAUUGCUGAGCGAAGAGAAACUUGACUCCUUCAACUUUCCAAGAUACAAUGCGACUCCAAAGGAGAUAGAGGAUGUCAUCCGUAAAAAUGAUCGCUUUACAGUAGAAAAGUUUCAGAGCUUGGGUCCUCCUUCAUCUUUUGUGAAUAAGCCUCCAAACAUAUAUAUGUUCAUGUUGUUCCUACAAACAUCUUGGGGAUGGCUUAUUGAAAAACAUUUUGGAAGCGAAGUUGUAGAACAGGUGUUUUGCUUGUUAAGAAAGAGGAUUGUGACAUCGUCAGUUCUUACGCUAGAAAACAUAAAGACAGUUUCCGAAUGCUUUAUACUUCUUCGAAGAAAAGCUACUUAA